AUGAAACGACGCUUUUUCUAUGCUGAUGAAAAUAGAGGAAAAAUGAAUAAAUCUCAUGAACAAAAAUUACUUCAAUCUUUAUAUAAUUUUCAUCCUCAAUCCUGUUAUAUUAGUAGUCACAUUUAUACUCUUUAUGAAUUGCAAGAUUCAUUAGAAGAUAUAAAAUCUGGAAAAUGUGCAGAUUCCGAGGAAUCAUCAAAAUGGAAACAGAAAUUUUAA